AUGUACAGGGGCCCACAGCUACCUCUCACCGACCCCGUCGGGACCCGGUCAGUCGGUGUCGGUGCUUGCGCCGACGCCGGAUCGUUCCAGGUUUGCACGAAGAAGGCGUCACUACCACUGGCGAGGCCUGCAUCAUGGCGCCUCAUGAACCAGCUGGCCCGCCCCUCUCCGACAUCAUUGGCGGCACGACGACAUCUCCAACCAGCUAGCUCCCUCGCUUGGAAGCUUCUCCGUCCUUCUUCCCCAUCUCCUCGAUUAUACUCUUCUUCGAACUCUCCUCCACCACCUCCUCCUCCGUCGCCGCCGCCGAAGCCUUCCGAGUCCGAAUCAAAACCCGACUCUACCCAACACAGCUCUGAGCCGCUCAUCGAGUCCAAGCCAGACCCAGUUACAACCAAUUCCUCACAGCCAUUCCUGCGGGAUGGCUCGUUGCCAAAGUCUGAAAGCACCACAAGCAGAUCAUCAUCCUCCCCCUCCUCAAAAGAUGCAUCCUCUCCACCUUCCUCCGACGCGGCCCCCUCCUCCCGGACACCGUCCCCGUUCGACCAGCUCUCCUCGCGCGUCCAGUCGAGCCAGCUGCUGACGACGACGAUCCCCCGCCUCAUCGACACGCUGCAGGUCCGCCUCCUAACGGCCUCGCAGACCCUCAACGAUCUGACGGGCUACACAUCGAUCGAGCGCAUCAAGACGCAGAACGAGGCGCUUGAGACGUCGCUCGCCGCAGCCCACCAGCGCCUGCGGGCUACGCGGCAGUCCUACAAGAACGCGACGGGCGACCGCGCCGCGACGCAGCGCGAGACGACGACGCUGCUCGCGCGGAAAGAGUCGUGGGUGCCGCAGGACCUCGAGCGCUUCACCGAGCUCUACCGCCGCGACCACACGCUCGAGCACGAGGUCGGCCGCGCCAGCGAGGCCCUCGCCGAGGCCGAGGCCGAGGAGCAGCGCCUCAGCCAGGCCCUCAUGGCCGGCAUGCUGCGCCGCUACCACGAGGAGCAGAUCUGGAGCGACCGCAUCCGCCGCGCCAGCACCUGGGGCACCUGGGGCCUCAUGGGCGUCAACGUCCUCCUCUUCAUCGUCCUGCAGCUCUUCGCCGAGCCCUGGCGCCGCCGCAGGCUCGUCCGCGCCGUCGUCGCCGAAGAGAAGUCCGUCCUCGAGAGCGUCAGGGACGAGCUCCGCUGCCGGUCAAGGGCCUCCUCGCCGGCACGCAGCGGGAGCGUGACGGCAACGCCUUUGUGGCGGCGGACGCGGACCCCUUUGGUCGGCGUAGAUGUCGAGCCGGCAGCCGAGGGAACUCUCGCAGCAGCGGAAACUGUGGGCAUGGCGGUGCCCGAGACGGCAGAGCUGCCCGUUGCGGAACUAGAGGCGGAACCAGAAGCGGACAUGACACCCCCGCAAUCUACCACCUGGAAGGCCUUCCUCUCUGAACCCGCCUUGUGGAGACACCGAGCCAAAGACUUGUAUAGCGAGCGCAGAAUCGACCUGCGCAUGCGGGAUGCAUCGAUCCUGGUACUCCAAGGCGCUGCAGCCGGCGCCGCCGUUGCCUCCAGCGUCGUUUUCGUGCUCCUGAGGCGGACAUAG